CCACUGGAACUUUUCAAAAAGAGGUUGGACAUGUUCUUAGAAUGAGUCAAUCAUCGGUGUGUCGCAGCGUACAUGACGUUUCAAGUGCAUUAUGCUCUAUAGCACGAGAAUGGAUUUCUUUCCCAGAAAAUUUAAAUAUGGUAUGUCUUGAGUUCUCAGAAUUUGCUGGUUUUCGUGGUAUAAUUGGUGCAAUUGAUGGAUGUCAUAUAAAAAUAGCAAGGCCAUGGGUUGACGAGAAAAUCUAUGUUAACCGUAAAAAUUUUCAUUCUAUCAACGUACAGGCUAUUUGUGAUGCCAAUGGUAGGGCGUUAAGCGUCUAUGCAAAGAAACCCGGAAGCACUAAUGAUGCAGCAAUGUUUGUUGAAAGUAUAAUUGGUCAACGGUUAGCAAGAGGAGAUUUUUCUCCUUUUCAUUUAAUCGGGGACAGUGGCUAUGCAUGUACACCUUAUUUACUUACGCCAUAUGCAGUGCAGAGCAAUGAACCAGAACGAAGAUUUAACGUUGCUCACAAAAAGUCUAGGUGCGUAAUCGAACGGUUUUUUGGUAUGGUAAAGCGUAGGUUUCCGGCUCUUUUCUUUGGAAUACGCAUGCAACCCGGUCGUGCUUGUCGCGUGAUAAUGGCAUGCUUCAUCCUUCACAAUAUAGCCCUAUCACGAAGACAACCAGAUUUCGACGACGAUAUAGCAGUUAAUCAUUUUGAGGAACAAGAUUAUGACAAUCAACCCGAUAGACAAGAAAAUUUGGCUCAAGCAGCUCUACGUCUACGAAGACAAGGUUUCGAAAAGCGAAAUCGAAUGACAUUGAAUGAUUUCACUCGUUAA